AUGACAUCCACCAUCGUGGGUAAAUCAGGUCGGAUAUACAUUCGGCGCGAGGUGCUCGCGGAGCGCAGAGAUCCUCGACUAAGCGUCUUCAAAGCCGAGUUCGUCACACAAAAUCUCACAUAUAAAAUUUAUUUUGACAGAACCAAACCAUUCUACAACCUAUCAUUACGCCUUGCAGCCGAUUUCCCCGAGUCCCGUCGGCUUCGCAUGCAUGUUGAUUCCAGCGAGGAAGAGAACUUCCUAAUUUAUCCCUUCUAUCAACAUACUCUGCUCGGACUGCUGCAAGACGAUCCAGAAGUCUCGCGUGCAGCACAGAAGAGAAUUCUGCAGGAGACAGGAGCAGCCAUACAAGAACUGCAUAGCAAGGACUGGAUCCAUCGCGGUGACUUCAACCUCGCUUUUAAGUUCGAUACAGGAGCUCUACUUUACAACACUCGUGCAGUAGGAAACAUCAUGUGGCGCAGUCCAGAAGGGCAAACUGGGAGAGGUUUAUCUAAGGCAUCAGACGUUUACUCAUUCGGACUUUGCAUAUAUACCCUCGGAGGUAGAGAACCGAUACUUAUCAACGAUUAUCCGGAGCUUGCCAAGCACGGUGUAAGCCCUCAGCACGCAGUAUUGACGCGACAUUUCUCGUAUUUUGGACCAGCGAACCAGGGCCUGCUCAACGUCAUCAAUAACAAGAAAUGGACAAAGGCUCUUACAAUAUUGUCUAAAGAGACUGAUUUGGUAGUGCAGGACUACCCAGACAUGAGCUUCGAGGCAUGGGGGCAUGUAUUCGGCUCUGGGGCACAGAAGAUGAUAUCUGGAAUGACGAAAAUUGAUCCAAGGGCUAGGGCAACGAUUGGUCAGGUUAUGGAGCAUCCAUGGUGA